AUGGAUAAAACUUAUCAAGGAGGCAUCAGAGAAGGUCAAAUUAUAAAGGCGGGGUCUCAAACUGUUCAAAAUUUAUCCAAGGAAGCUAAUUAUCCCUUUUAUGAGGGAUUAACCGAAUUUUCGGCUCGGCAAGCCCAAUUAUCCCAAGGGGGAAUAGGCAAAAAAAUAGAUUUAAUUCAUAAUUUAUCCUUAUGGAAUAUAAGCGGAAUUAUCUUGGGAAGUUUUUUGGCUUAUUUCCUAUUAGAUAGUCUGUUUGUGGAACCAAAAAAAAAUGGAGAAGAUGCCUUAGUUUUAAGUCUGAGUCCGGGAGUAGAAAGAAACCAUUUAUUUUUUGGCAAAACCUUGGCUUUAAUUACCAGUUUAGCAAUUUUUGCUUUCUUGGGCUUUGUCUUUCCUUAUACUAUAUUCUUGUAUGUUUUCGGACCGGGUAUUACCGCCUGA